AUGCCGAAAGAUUUUUCACCGGACUUCUGCCGUGAGUUUCUCUACUGGUUCUCCUUGUUCAUCUGCUUCAGUGUGCUCUGCUGCGUGUGGGCCAUGCGAAAAGUUCGCCGAAUGUCACCGAACAGCCCGCACGGCGAGGGCAGCCGGCUCACCCCAGCGCUCGCGCUCCUUCCAAUGCUGCUGGUGGAGAUAGUCUUGUUUCUCCCGUUGACGAGCUGGUCGGCGUCCACCUUCUCCUUCAGCCUGCUCGCGCUCAGGGCGGUCGAGACGGGCACACUGGCCGCGCGUCUAUUUCAAGUCUUCCGCUUCUCGGUAGUGCCGGUGUGCUUCGUGUGGUUCUGCCUCGGCUACGCCAUCUACUGCACCUGCGUCGGCUUCACCUACAUCCACCGCCAGACGUCGCGCUCCGUGCAAUUUUCACCGCUGCGCGAGGAGAUCCCCGACAAUUUCAACAACUCCAUCUCGCUGGACUGCUCCAUUGGCGAUUUCCCGCCCGGCCUUCCCAGCACGCUCGGGUCGCCGUCAAGAAUUCCGGGCCGCAGCAACAGCCUGCAGACGAGCCGCGCCCGUCAGAUGAGAUGCAGAAACCCGGAUGAGCUGACCAUCUCGAUCACGCCGGUUGACGAGACGUUCGUGGAUGAAAUGGAAUCGCCGAGCAGAUCCGGUGGGCGUCUCAACUCGUCUUUCUCAUCGCUCCGCAUCCUGCCCACGCUCAACGAGGACGAGGAGGCCACCACUCCGCCUGGCAAGCUACGCCCCGAGGACAUUGAGCUGAAAGUGAGCCCGGUGAACAGCAUC